AUGAAUCCCAUUCAAGCAACUCCACUAACAUCAUCAUCUUCCAAGUCUCCACAGCAGCACGAAAAGUCGCCUCAAGGAGCCAACACUAAUAAUCAUUCCAUUCCUCAUCCACAACUAUUUAACAUUGCGACCAAUUCAUAUAUGUCAAGUACUAACGGUCAGGCGACUGAUUCCAUGUUUGUCUCUUCUCCACCUCCAUCUUGCUCAUCCUCAUCCUCUCAAGCACCACCUGGUUUUACGUUUGUCGAUAUGACAAGAGAUGUUGCCUUCAAGAUUAAAUACGAAGGACAUAAAUGCCUUAAAGUUAACAAGCAAUUCAGAAAUAAUGAAACCUUCCAGAACAACUUUUUCAUUUUCAAGAGUGGAAAUGAGCAAACACCAAAUGGUGAAUCCAUGAUGUCGAUGGAUGGAAACGGUGCUGACAUGAUGAUUACUGACAAUAGUCAAGAUGCCACAACACCAUCAGGAAACUACCAGAAUCAGUUUUUCGAAUCGGUUAUGCCAAUGAAACCCAUUGAUUUCACGCAAUCCAAUCCUUCCAAUCAUCACAGUGGCAUAUCUUCUCCAACAAGGCAUUCAGGACCUUCACAACGACGAAGAGCCUCCGUGUGUAGCAUGGAACAUUUGGGCACUUCGACACCAAUCGUCACUCCAACCACGUCGACUGCAUCAAAUUGCUUCUUUCAUUUCCAAACGACUCCAACCCAUCCUCAUCAAGGAAAGAGCCUUGAUAGCGUUCCACACACAGAUACGAGCAACAAUAAUCAUUACUCUCCAACUGGAAAAGGUUCAAAAGGAAACAAUGGAAGAGUGACGGCAAGGAGAAGAAAAUCAACCAUUGCCUUUGUUGAUAUUUCAUCAUCUUCAAGUGUAGUUGAAGGUGAAAAGAGUACACUAACAACCUCCUCGCAACCAAGUUCACAUAAAGCACCAACUCUCUUGAACGAGGUCGAACAGUUAGACAUUAAUCAGGCCGUGCAAUCGAAAAAGAAAAAGAAGAGAAGAAAUAGUAAGAGUACAGCAGUAGAUGAAACUUCUCAAACUACAGCCACAGAAGGAGCUACCGGUAGUCACUCAUCCAAUUCUCAAAGUGCAGAAAAUAAUGGCAAGAAGAAGAGAAAGAGAGGGUCAUCAGGAAAUUCCAAGAAGAGAAAUUCGAAAAAGAAUCACUCUCCAGAGUUGGAUGGCAACAUACCACAUGCUGCUACUGCUACCACUACUACAGAUGCAUCUUUUGUGGGCGGUAUUAGUGGAGAGGACAGCAAUGGCGUCUCUGGUGCAAUGACGUCGGAUUCCUCUCCUCAUGCCUUACCAGCUGCUACUGCCUUGUUGACUCCAACCGACAUGAACAGCUUCAAUCAAUUGUUGAUUUAUGCUGCCUUAAAUCAAUAUUUGCAGCAACAACCUGAGGUCGGACAUGAAUUAAUCAAACAUUUGGCAGUGUUGAAUUGUCAACCUUCUCAAGCACUUGCCAAUCAAGAUAUGGCUAUUCCUUCUUCUUCUUCUUCUGCUAACAACAACAACAACAGUUCAUCCUAUGAAUGUGAUUUGAACUUUGAUGAGAUUGAUCAGUUGUUAGAUGGUUUUCCACAGCUUACCGAUUCAUAUGGAGUAAAUAAUUCUUCAAGCAGCAACGGCACAACCCAAACGACUACCAAUAACGGUGGAGGUUUAGUGACAACCAGUGCGAACGAUCCCCUUAGCAAUACUACAGGCUCUAACAUGUCUAUUGAUCCUGAAGCUUCCCUUCAGGCAUCAAAUAAUCAAGGUGAUAAUCAUUCAGUCCUCAUGAUGGUGCAAGACAGCCUUACAUUGAACCAGCAAGGUGAAGCAUCAUCAUCGAUUCAAGAGUCAUCGACCCAUGGGGUUACUACUUCAGGUUCUGACGACUUUAAUGUUUUGGACACAUCACAGCAACCACAAAGCGCUACAAGUCCACUGGGAGGAGAAUUUCUACUGGAUUCCAACUUUGAAUGGAAUUGCAUGUCAGAAAGUCACCUCGAACAAGGUUCAGGAAUGAGUAGUAGAGGAGAAUUUACCGAUUCUUUCGGUGUUGACAGUAGUGGUUCACAUUCAGGUGUUGUACAUCAUUCAGAAGGAGUUUGUACAAAUCCACAAAACACAGCCUCAAUGUUAGAUGACGCUUUCGAGAAUAUGUUGUUGUCUCCUUGUUCGGAUAUCUCCUCCUCUGGACAACUACCUCUCAAAGACGACUCUCUCCAAAAUUCUUUUUAUCCCUUUCAGAAUCAACCAAACUCACCAAUCUUUGCGUCAUCAAGUUCGGCUCAUCAACGCAAUAAGCAAGAACAAUCUCCAGAUGUAGCGAGAAGAGCAGAGUAUUCUGGUAUUUUCAAAGAACAUAUUGACCAGUAA